AUGGGCCUUACCUUCUCGUCCCUACUGGGCAGACUAGCUUUCUGGUCACGCGAAGAGGACGUGCGCAUCCUCAUGCUAGGACUCGAUUCGGCAGGCAAGACGACGAUCCUCUACCGCUUACAGAUCGGCGAUGUGGUCUCGACCAUUCCUACGAUUGGCUUCAAUGUGGAGACCCUGCAGUACAAGAAUGUGAAGUUUCAAGUGUGGGAUCUGGGUGGUCAGACGAGCAUCAGGCCGUACUGGAGGUGUUAUUAUGGGGGAACCAAGGCGGUCAUCUACGUAAUCGACUCAUCAGACCACGCUCGUCUGUCCCUCUCAAAAUCAGAACUCCACUCCCUCCUCGGCGAAGACGAGCUCAAAGGGGCAAAGUUACUCAUCUUUGCCAACAAGCAAGAUAUCCAGGGAGCAGCAAGCGCAGCGGAGAUCACAGAAAAGCUCGGUCUGACCAAGCUGAAGGAUAGGGAAUGGACGAUCGUCAAGAGUGUGGCAACAAAGGGAGAGGGACUGGAUGAGGGAAUGGAUUGGUGA